AUGCCAUUACCACCAUCAUUUUCCCUCUGUCCUCCCGGGCUGGAAUAUUUAUCCCACCUUGAUUGGUUGUUAAUCCACCAGAAAUAUGAAAUCCUGGAGGUGAUCACAUCUUUCGAAACAGCCAACAAGUACGAAGUGAGAAACAGGCUGGGGGAAAUGGUGUAUUUCGCCACCGAAGAGAACAACUGCCUCAUGAGGAAUUGCCUCGGGACCUUGAGGCCUUUCACCAUGGUGAUCUCCAACCACGUGGGGCAACAGGUCAUCCAUCUCGUGCGCCCUUUCCGUUGCGACGGCUGCUGCUGCCCGUGCUGCCUGCAAGAAUUGGAAAUCCAGGCCCCGCCGGGCUUACCCAUCGGCUACAUCCAGCAGCUGUGGCACCCCUGCCUGCCCAAAUUUGUCCUCUGA